CACAUGAUUUGUGGCCGGAGAAAGGAUAUACUGCUCCUUGGCUGUUGUUGGUAGUUGUUGUAGCCUUCAGGUGUGGUGCAAACAUAUAUGUAGACAUUGUGGAUUUUUAGCUCUAUAGGAUAAAAUAUUUCACUGGUCUUAUGUGUGAAAGCAUUGAAGCAAUCAAGUGGAUCUGAUUGUGAGCCACAUCACUAAAACAGGCCCCUCGGAGUGGCCCUCUAACUCUGGGCCUGGAUGAAGUUUUAACAGCUAUCAUGAGACUACGUCGCAGGAAGAAAGAUAAGAAGAAGAAUGGGGAGAUGAAGUCAGGCUCAAUGGGGGCAUGCACCCCGCCCCCAGAGAGGAAAAGCAAGUUUGCUUCUAUCGGCAAGCUCUUCAAACCUUGGAAAUGGAAGCGGAAGAAAAAGAGCGAAAAAAUAGAGAAAACUGCUGUUGAACUUGAACGCAAAAUUUCCCUUCGAUCAACACGUGAGGAGUUGAUAAAGAAAGGAGUACUGAAGCCAGAUGAUGGCUCAAUCAAAUCUCAGCAGAACCACAAUGUGGCCAGAGACAUGAUAGAGGAAACUCCAGAACCACAAACGAUGCCGACUGUGGAGACUGUGGAGCCCAGAGAAGCUGUGAAGGAGAGUGGAGAGGUUGAGGAUCAGUCAGAAGAAUCCAGUACGGACCCUCCCGACACAGAGGUCAAGGAAGAGGCAGUGGAGAAAGUACCUGCUCCUGAGGUUCCUGAGUCUACCACCAUUACCACACAGGCACAGAUCACACCUAUCAGUACCCAAACUAGUACCCCAGUACUAACGACAGCCAAUGCCAGGCCAAUGAUCAUACCUGCUGCUGCCACACAGGUACCUCAGGAACACCCCAUCCCUGCCCCUAGACCCUCCAUCACUAUGGAGGUACAGCAAACCAGUACAGUCAAAUUUGCUUCUGAAGAACAGGUUAUCUCAGACAAUCAUCUCCCUAAUGAUGACGAGGAGGAUGAAGAGGAUCUGAGUGACCUAGAUGUAUCAGAACCGGAAAAGCGUGAACCAGAAGUGAACCUAAAUCCUGGCUUUGAACAGGUCCCUGCUUCUGAACCGGAUCUGAAUAAACAACCUAAAAAAAGUGCUUUGAAGUCGAGAUUUGAACUAAAUGGUGGUGCUCCUGAGUUAGAGCCUUGUGCCACAUCACAAAUAGACAACAGCAGUACGCCUAGUGUGCCCAGUAGUGUUAAGAAUGUUGAUAAACAACCGAAGCCUUCUCCUCUGGCCACACCCCUUUCUGGCAAUAUAGGCAGGCCCCGUCUUAGAGCAGGAUUUGUACAUGUUCCCAUACCGACGGGCGGGGAUAGUGAUAAGGAAAAUACCCCGAUCCCUGUGUCAAUGCCAGUAGUUCCCUCACCAGUGUCUUUCCAAAACACCCCCAAUUCAUCCACACCGCAACACUCCUAUGACGACUCAUCAUCGGAUGACGAGGAAAUCAAGUACCGUGACGAUGAUGACGAUGAGAUGGAAACAAGUUCUUUAGCAGCUAAAGUAGCAAGACAGGAUAGUUUAGCUAGGUUUUUAAGUAAUCGUCCAUCACAUAAUGAGUUAAUAGAGAAAAACAUCAUACCUUCUGAGUCUGAAGAUGAAAAACAGGUGCAAAGAUCCAACAUUGGAAACAAGUUAACAAGACGGCUGAGCUUACGGCCUACCCAGGAUGAAUUACUGCAAAGAAAUAUUUUACACAACCAGUCCUCAGAUGAUGCUAUCCGGGAAAAGGAAGAGAAAAAGAAAUAUCUUAUCAGAAAGCUAAGCUUCAGACCUACUAUUGAUGAACUGAAAGAGAAGAAGAUUAUUAAGUUCAGUGACUAUGUGGAAUGGACAGACGCCAAUGAGUAUGACCGACGGGGCGACAAGCCAUGGACGCGCCUCACCCCUAAAGACAAGGCUGCAAUAAGAAAAGAAUUAAAUGAAUUCAAAAGUAAAGAGAUGGCAGUCCAUGAGGACAGUCGGCAUUUAACUAGGUUUCACAGGCCUUGAGAGCAA